AUGUCUACGCAGCAACAAUCAUACACAAUUUGGUCUCCACAGGAUACUGUCAAAGAUGUCGCUGAGUCUCUUGGAUUAGAAAAUAUUAAUGAUGACGUUUUGAAAGCACUUGCUAUGGAUGUGGAAUACCGCAUUCUAGAGAUUAUCGAACAGGCCGUUAAGUUCAAGAGGCAUUCUAAAAGAGAUGUGUUAACCACUGAUGAUGUGUCAAAGGCGCUACGUGUAUUGAAUGUGGAACCUCUAUAUGGGUACUACGAUGGCUCUGAGGUUAAUAAAGCUGUGUCAUUUAGUAAAGUUAAUACAUCGGGAGGACAGUCAGUCUAUUAUUUGGACGAAGAAGAAGUUGACUUUGAUAGACUAAUAAAUGAGCCAUUACCUCAAGUGCCUCGUUUACCAACAUUUACUACGCACUGGCUUGCUGUUGAGGGUAUUCAACCUGCCAUAAUCCAAAAUCCAAAUUUGAACGAUAUAAGGGUAUCUCAGCCACCAUUUAUUAGAGGUGCCAUUGUCACUGCUUUAAAUGAUAAUAGCCUCCAAACACCUGCAACGUCGACGACAGCAAGCGCUUCCGUAGCGGAUACGGCCAUCUCUCAACAUUUAUCUAAUGUUAAACCGGGACAGAAUACUGAAGUAAAACCGUUAGUAAAGCAUGUUUUAUCCAAAGAAUUACAGAUUUAUUUUAACAAGGUUAUAUCAACGUUGACUGCGAAGAGCCAAGCUGAUGAAAGUGUACAACAUAUGAAGCAAGCAGCUUUGACCUCAUUAAGGACUGAUAGUGGCCUGCACCAACUAGUUCCGUAUUUUAUUCAAUUUAUAGCGGAACAAAUUACUCAAAACCUUUCUGACUUGCAACUACUGACAACAAUUUUGGAAAUGAUUUACUCUUUGCUGAGCAAUUCUUCAAUCUUUUUAGACCCUUAUAUUCAUUCAUUAAUGCCUUCCAUUCUAACGUUGCUGCUAGCGAAAAAGCUUGGUGGAUCACCAAAAGAUGACUCGCCGCAAGAAAUCCAUGAGUUCUUAGAGAGAACAAAUGCAUUACGUGAUUUUGCUGCAUCCCUAUUGGAUUAUGUGCUGAAAAAAUUUCCUCAAGCUUAUAAAUCUUUGAAGCCAAGGGUAACUAGAACACUACUGAAGACGUUCCUGGACAUAAACCGUGUUUUUGGGACAUAUUAUGGAUGCUUAAAAGGUGUAUCUGUACUAGAAGGUGAGUCCAUUAGAUUUUUCUUGGGUAACUUAAGUAAUUGGGCGCGCUUAGUGUUUAAUGAAAGCGGGAUAACACUGGACAACAUAGAGGAACAUCUGAAGGAGGAAAACAAUUCGUCAAGGACAAAAUUUACCAAAGAAGAGACCCACAUUUUGGUUGAUACUGUAAUUAGUGCGUUGUUAGUUCUAAAAAAGGAUUUGCCAGAUUUGUAUCAGGGUAAAGGAGAAAAAGUUACAGACGAAGAUAAGGAAAAAUUAGUAGAAAGGUGUGGUGUCACUAUUGGAUAUCAUAUUUUGGAAAGAGACGAUGCAAAAGAAUUGAUCAGCGCGAUUUUCUUUGGUGAAUAA